AUGGAGGAGAACAAGAAACGUGUACACGGCACUAAAGUUUCCAAAAUUGCAAAUAUAUUUCAAGGAAUGCCUUCGCGGGACGACGAAGACAUGCGGGGCGCUGACGUUACGGUUGUUAGGACCGAAAGCCACCUGGCGAGGUUUAAUAACGCCAGGGCGUUGUUUGAAAAGUUGGGCGAGGAGAACCGCGGCUUUCGGAUCGAGAAGUCACCUUCCGCGGCCGCAAGCUUUGCUGGCACCCGCGGCGUUUCACCCGGAGUUCCAUCUCGCUCUCGUUCAAGUUCUGCAGGCUCCGUGAGCCCUCCCAGAAGCCAUGGCCCUCCACCCGCGCCGUAUGGCUCUGCGGUCAACGGUGAUAAAUUAUCGAAUGGUGCUACGCAACCGCCGCCAAAACCGGUCAAACCUAGUGUACUCCCAAAGCCAGAAAAGCCUGAUAGACGAUUUAACAAAGAACUCAUAGAGAAACAGCGAAAUUGGACAUCUCAUUUUAAUAAAUCGCGCCCUAGAAGUGAUAGCGAGAAAGUAGAGAAUAAAUUUAUUAGUCAAGAUCGAAAGUCUCCGGAGGCUACUGAAAGAUACGUCGUACCUUCAAGGGUGUAUUCACCGCCCCUUUCGCCCGACGCCGGUGACACGCAUUUAGAGCGUCCGACCACGUUGCCUGCUGCUUUAAUAAAUAGAAGCGUACCUGCUGCGAAAUCGCCUAGUCCUGUAAAAAACACCGCACCAGUACUACCUUCACCCAGAUCCAAUAGCGUCAAAUCUCCCACCGUACGAUCAGAAACGACGGUGUCGCCGUCUCCGAGGGGCGAAAUUCACUCUGCUGUAAUAACGCGUUCAGAAACAAGAACCCUAGAAUCGCCGGAGAAAGAUGAUGCACGAGAAGUCAAACCGGCUCCACGUACCGACAUGUAUUCCCACGCUGCGAAGGUGGUAGAUCGCGUGUCCACUAUAACAACAUCGACCACUGUGUCUGUGAGUGAAGGGAACUUGUCUCCCAUUAAAUUUCAUAAAGUGUUACCCUCUCCGCCUAUACGAAUGCCAAGAUCGCCACCGCCGCCAGUACCUGAUGAGAGAAGUGCGCAUACCGACAGUAUUUCACCUGUGACAUCGAUCCCAGAGGAGUCAUCACCGCCCCUAGAAAGUUUAGAGGACAGAAGUGAACAAGUUGAUAAAUCACCUGUCAAAUCUCCCAAACCUUCUCCCCCAUCGAGAGAGAUGGAAAGUAGUCCUCGUGUGUCGCCGGUACCGCAAAGGCCAGAUGUCUGUGACGUUGUGCCAAGAAGCUUAGAAGAUAAUGCGUCUUUAGGCGAUUGGGAGGAAAAGGCCGGCCGCAGGUCCUCGACGCCAGAAUCACCUGUAAACGUAAAUGUUGAAGCACACAAGUCCCCUCUUGUUUCACCGCUGGCGUCUCCCGUUCACAUUUUGCCACGUUCCACCUCCGAAGCGCCGGUUUCACCGUCACAACUAGGCGGCGGUGGAAAGUCUUCUGAGGCAGAUGAGGUCACGGCGCGCGCUCGAUCCCGCACGUCGAGCGUGUCGGACGAAGGUGGCUUCAACGAACCCUCCCCGGAGGUGAUGGCGAGGCUCCGGCCCGCCGAAUACAGAGACCCACCGUUGCCACUCACGCGCGAUAUCCGCGAUGCGGAACGCGCGCGCUCCGAUCCGGAUACGUUGUCUGUACAACAACAGGACUCGGGUGUUGUGGUGAGCGAAGCUAGUCAAGGCUCCAUAGAAGUGCUCGACAAAUCGACCACUAGCCAAUGGAGCGUGUCGGAAGACAACGGCCCCGGCGAUAUGCGCGGCAGCGAGACCGCGGACUACGAUGAUCCGGACGCCAAGCAGCCGGAUAGUAUGACGCCCGACGAAGCCGAAAUACUCCUUAGCUCCAGUAUUCUGGAGAAAAAACUUAGGCAAGAAGCUCUGCUGUCUGAUGAGCAGGCCCAGGAAAUAGUGGCUAUGUUGUCGCCUCAUGCACUGCCGCAUGACAAUGGUGUAUCGCUCAACGACAGCUACCAGUCCAUGCUCUCAUAUGAGAGCAUGCAGUCAGUGGACGAGAGCUACGAGUUUGUGUCACUCGAGGCGGACGCGGGUCUUGCUGGUGGUGAUGCACGUGUCCAGACCUCGGAACGGAAUGGAACGGAGAGACCACAUCAGGACCCGAGCGAAUCGGAUGUCCAGCGUAACGGAACGGCCACUGCCGAAGCGGACUCGACAGAACCGGAAAAUGUAUUUGAGAGUUAUCCGCCUAGAGCUUUACGAGAACUCGCGGAGGAGAACGGCAUUCACUAUUUUGAGGACGGACACUUUUACACUGAAGUCGCUGGCCUCCCCUCAGUCGAAGAAGACGACGACGAUGAUUAUUACCCACCAGUAUUUGUUAAGAAGAGCAGUAGAGUUAAAUUCAGUACGGACCCUAUGCGCGUCUUCUCGACGCACUCUGUCCGCGAGUACGACCGCCGUAACGAGGACGUUGACCCUGUCGCCGCUUCCGCUGAGUAUGAGCUUGAGAAACGGGUCGAAAAGAUGCACGUGUUUCCCGUGGACCUCAUCAAGGGUGCUGAUGGACUGGGUUUAUCUAUAAUAGGAAUGGGGGUAGGCGCAGACGCAGGCCUGGAGAAGCUGGGUAUUUUCGUGAAAACUAUUACUGAGAGUGGAGCGGCCGCACGCGAUGGCCGUAUUCAGGUCAAUGACCAGAUCAUUGAAGUGGAUGGCAAGAGUUUGGUCGGUGUAACACAAGCGUAUGCCGCGUCAGUAUUACGAAAUACGUCGGGACCUGUGAAGUUCUUGAUAGGCAGAGAAAAAGACCCUGAAAACAGUGAGGUGGCGCACUUGAUCCGACAGUCGCUGGCCGCUGAUAAAGAGAGAGAGGAGAGAGCAAAUCGCGAACGUCAGCGAAGGCAAGCUGUAGAGGAAGAGGAUACUCAGCAUACGGUCGCUGAAGCAGCAUCCGUUGUCCGACAUCCUGAUAUCUUGCAACUGAAAGCGCUUGUCAAUGAGUUAGUUGGUAUGGAAGCCGGCGGCGGUAGCGGUAGCGAGAUAACAUCGCGCAUGCGCGAAUGGUGGACGCAUCGUGUUCCGCCUCAGGAUGACGCCGAUCAGUUGAGGGAUGCGCUGGCGCGGGCCACGCACACCGCUCGCACCGCCACCGACAAGUACGAGAAGGCGAAACGAGCCCUGCGCGAAUGGCGACGAACGAGAUCGAUGGUCCGCGCACGGGAAGAAUGGUGGAGUAACACGUUGCGCGACGCGCACAGGGAAUACGCGUGCGCACUGUCCGCGCUGCACGACAGAGUCGCCCGGCUCGAGGUGCUACUAUUGGAGACGCAAAAGAAAGCUGGUCUGCCGGUAAUGUUGCCCCAUGAGCCGUCAGCGCGUCGUGAGACACCGCCCUUGCCAAGGAAGGCUGAUCCGGAUCCGUUAUUAAUAAAUGAUCCAUGGAGCUCAGACAGCGAUCUAUCCGACCUCUCGCCCAUAGAGGACGAAUAUGCUAAAGUAGAUAAGUCGGAGAAACGUAGAGAGGCACCCGAUCUCGGGGACGUGACAGCUACCUGCGCGGACGCCACGCCCGUGACAGCGGCGCCCGUUACUACGCACGUGACGUCAGCGGCGGUUACUAUUACGCCUGUGACGUCACACGCGCCCGUCACCGCAGCACCGCACCCCGCACUUACGGAAACUCUGAGCGGCGGCAGUCUGUGCACAAGCGUUACGUCCGCUGGAACUGGCGGCAAUGGCAGUGUGUCCGGCGAAGGCGGUCUAUCGCGGGAGCUAGACGCGGCGGUUCCACGCUCUUCCCUCUUGGAUACGUCAGCCCACCGCGCUCGCACGGACCUCGCCAGGCACAGGCAUCACGCUCCACACUCGCACGCUUCACAAUCGCCACACUCCUUGAGCAACGCCAGUUCGUAUGACGGUUUAGACGACUCAUACAACGAUUCGGCCGAUGAAUCCCUUAGUGAGUCCACGUCGGGAGCACCACCGCACACGUCACACGUCUCUCGCGAAGCUCGUCAAAGUUGCGGUAGCUCUGUCGGCAGCGCGACAGACGAGGGACUCUAUUCGAGGGAUCUCAGACACCAUCCACUUUCUGGACCGGCAGCAUCCCUCGCUGAACAGCUUAAGCAAGUGUUGGCAGAGCGCGAACGUCGUCUAGCUGGUUCAUCGCCCCAGCCUCCUCACGCCGGGGUGCACGUCGCACAUCCGGCAGGUCACGCCACCCAUCCAGGACCCCACCAGACCCACUCGCUACCCCAUCCAGACCCCGUGCAGCUCACAAACGAACUGGUCGAUGAAAUACGACAAGCCGUCAGCGAGGCGAACGCGAGAGUGAAGAAAGCUCCGACUUGUGUAGUGGACGGCGAAGUGUGGGAGCCCAUUUCCACUGCGGUCAGCGAGGCUAGCCUGUCGCCGCAACCUCAUCCUGCGCCUGUCAACCUGUGGACUAAGCAACAGGUAUGGCAGUGGAUAUCGAGCCUAGGGGAAGGCUUAGAGCGUCACGCUGGUGCGUUCGCGACCCGCGGUGUAGACGGCGCGUUACUUCUCACGCUCGCCUCCGCCGAUCUCAAGCUGCUCGGCCUGAGCGGGGACGACCGUCGCCGUAUGAAGCGACGCCUCAAAGAACUGCGCAGCGCCCAUGAGAAACACCUCAAGGCCAUCAAGAAGGCAGAGAAGAAAGCGAAGAAGAAAUAA